AGUGCGGAAGUUUCUCCAAAUACAUUUCAAACACGCAUGGCAAACUUUGCUGAAAAAAUGUCACAACACGGUAACAAGAAAAGAAAAUUAGACAGGAGUACAGAGGACUACAUGUACUUUGACAGCUACUCCGAUGUUACUAUUCACGAGGAGAUGAUUGCAGACACUGUGCGCACUAACACGUACCGAAUGGGCAUUUUUAAAAACAGUAAGUUCAUAGAGGGGAAAGUGGUGCUGGAUGUAGGAGCCGGUACCGGCGUCCUCAGCCUAUUCUGUGCUCAAGCCGGUGCCAGGAAGGUUUAUGCCGUGGAGGCGAGCUCGAUCGCCGAUCAGGCUGUGCGAAUCGUUAGACUGAAUCAGAUGGAGAGCCGGAUCGAAGUCAUUAAAGGCACACUAGAGGCGAUCGAACUGCCAGAGCAGGUGGACGUGAUUGUCAGCGAGUGGAUGGGCUACGCGCUGCUCCACGAAUCCAUGCUGAAUUCUGUGAUCUUCGCCCGGGAUAAGUGGCUCAAACCCGGUGGCCUUAUAUUGCCGUGCAAAGCGGACCUCUACAUCGCUCCCAUAAACGAUCUAGUAGUGGAGGGCCGACUGAAUUUUUGGAGCACUGUUAAAGGACAAUACGGCGUGGACAUGUCAUGUAUGACUGACUUUGCCAGAAAGUGCAUCAUGAACAAAGACAUCACUGUGAAUCCGGUCACGGUGGAGGACGUGCUCUCCCAUCCGUGCAAGUUUGCAGAGCUGGAUUUGCACACGGUCACACUCGAGCAGCUCAAAGAUGUUCGGGGUGUGUUCAGCUGUAAGUGUUUCGGGUCGUCUUCCAUCCACGCGUUGUGCGUGUGGUUCACAGUCACUUUCCCGGCAGAGGAGAAGGCCCUGGUGCUCUCCACAUCUCCCUUUAAACCGGAGACGCACUGGAAACAAGCGGUAUUGUAUCUAGAUGAUGCUGUGGAUGUGAUGCAGGACACUAAAGUUGAAGGGGAGAUUAGUUUGUACCCCUCUGAAGAGAACUCGAGACACAUAUGUGUCCGGGUUGACUAUGUGAUAGGGGAACAGAAAAAGCACUCCAAAAUAUUUUCUAUUCCUGAUCAAUAUUUAGAAGUUUAACAGACAUUUGGACAUUAUUUUAUUUUCCCCCUUUUUUUUUUCUUUUUUUUUUUUUUUUUUUUUCACAACAACUUUUUGCCAUGAAUGGUACUGUGUGUGAAACUGUAAAUGUUAAGUGUCUGGAAAAAGUUCAGGUUUGAAUUUUGGAGAACACACAAAGUAAAAAUAAAAAUAAACAGUGCUUGCCAAGCUCUGCAACUUUGCCUUUCUCAACUACAGGUUUCUUUUAAACAGUUUACAUCCUUUGUUGGAACUAUGAGCUUAGUUUAGCUAAGUAUGUUACUCAAGUGUUUAAAAGCCAAACCACCGUUGCAAACAAAUUCACCCUGCUUGGGAAGAACCAAAACUCAAUGUGGAAACCAUUCCUCCUAUGGUUGGCCCAGUUUGCAUAAGACGUCAGGAACAAACAUGGUAAUAAUCUACUCAUUCGUAAUACAAUGAAGUGAUGAUCUGCACUCAGAUAAUAAACUUUUGUUUUUUAUUACAUACGUUUUAGGGGAAUAGGCCUUGAUAACAUUGUUGGAAGGCCACUUGCAGUUUAUGAGUGAGGGUUAGAUCCAAGGCCGUAGCAGCCGCGGGGGACGUUUAAAAAGGUGAUUUUGUCCCCGCACUUUUCCAAGCUAAACCCAUACCGUGUCCAAAUGGUGGAUUUGUAUACAGUAUUCUUUGUGUUUUGUUACUUACUGAGCAACCAUCCAGUCAAUCAAAGGUGAGUUUCAUGAGCUGAAACAACCCUUACGUAAUAGGCCAUCAGUAAGACAGUCUAAUCAACGCGGCUCCGUUCAUUUCUACAAAGUUGCUUUCAACAAUGUUCAUUUAACCAUGUUUAUUUAUCAGCAUUGAUGUUGA